UCUCUGAGAGUUUGUAGUAAGAUACACUCCUCUCACAAGAGUCCAUGCUACAACAUAGCAAAGAACUUUAAAUUUUUGGAAGAACAAUAUAUUCAUUUUGGCAUUGUGCAGAGCAAAGCAAAGUCCGCGGCCUCUUCUUCUUCAGCCCUCACAAUGAUAGCAAUCUCUGCUGUCAGCAGUGUGCUCCUGCUCUGCCUUCUCUGUGAAGCAAGCACCGUCGUCUUACUCAAUUCCACUGACUCAUCCCCGCCAACCAAUAAUUUCCCUGAUAUUGAAGCAGCUUUGAAAGCGCAGCUAGAUUCUGCGGAUAUCCCCAAAGCCAGGCGGAAGCGCUACAUUUCGCAGAAUGACAUGAUCGCUAUUCUUGAUUAUCAUAAUCAAGUUCGGGGCAAAGUGUUCCCACCGGCAGCAAACAUGGAAUACAUGGUCUGGGAUGAAAAUCUUGCAAAAUCUGCAGAGGCCUGGGCCGCUACUUGCAUUUGGGACCACGGACCUUCUUACUUACUGAGAUACUUUGGCCAAAAUCUAUCUGUACGAACUGGAAGAUAUCGUUCUAUUCUCCAGUUGGUCAAACCAUGGUAUGAUGAAGUGAAAGAUUAUGCUUUUCCAUAUCCCCAGGAUUGCAACCCCAGAUGUCCUAUGAGAUGCUUUGGUCCCAUGUGCACACACUAUACACAGAUGGUUUGGGCCUCUUCCAAUCGGAUAGGUUGUGCAAUUCAUACUUGCCAAAACAUGAAUGUUUGGGGAUCCGUAUGGCGACGGGCAGUUUACUUGGUGUGCAACUAUGCCCCAAAGGGCAACUGGAUUGGAGAGGCACCAUAUAAAGUAGGAGUACCAUGUUCAUCUUGUCCUCCAAGUUAUGGUGGAUCUUGUACCGACAAUCUAUGUUUUCCAGGCGUAACGUCUAACUACCUAUACUGGUUUAAAUAAGCUUAGCUUUUCCUCCAGGAAAUAUAAUUAUUUCUUGGAAUCAUAGACAUGUAUAUAUAUUGAAUUUUGCACAUAUUAUACAUAUUUUAUGAUAAUCUUGUUUUCUUUUUAGUAUUAAUUUGUAUAAAUUAGUGUUUGUCUAGUAUUUUCUUAAUCCUUUGAGA